UAGUGUUUGAAAGUCUGGUCUGGUCUGGUCUUUUGAUGCCCAGGGGCUUUAACCAUAACUGCAACCAGUCUACCCUUUUCCCAGAAGUCAAAAAGACUGGACUGGACCACAAAAGACCGUGGUCUGCGGUCUUUUUGCAGUCUUUAGACUGGUUUUGGUCUGCAUCAGUUUUAACCGGUCUUUAG